AUGGAGUUCCUAGCAGAUGGAUCCCUGAGAAUUGCUCAGUCUCUCCUGCAGGACUCUGGGUAUUAUCUCUGCACAGCCUCCAACUCGGCAGGGAUGGCGCGACGGGGCAUUGAGCUACGUGUUUUUGUUCAUGGAGGAUUCUUGGAGUGGCAGGAGUGGGGGUCAUGCACUAGAACAUGUGGACAGGGAGUACAAGAGAGGGUCAGACAUUGCAACAACCCCCCUCCAGCUAACGGAGGCCGGCCAUGUGUGGGUCGUGAUGUGGAAAUGAGGACAUGUAAACUACCGCUCUGCCCAGUGGAUGGAGCCUGGACAAGCUGGGGUGUUUGGACUUCCUGUUCAACCACCUGUGGAGACGGUACUCGGCAGCGCUCGCGUUCCUGUUUUAAUCCUCCCCCCCAAAAUGGUGGUAAAGUCUGUGUUGGAAAUGAUGUGGAGAAAGAGAAGUGUCAUCUGCGACCUUGCCAAGUGGGUCCUUCCCGUGUUCGAGGCAGUCUCAUCGGUAUUAUCAAUGACAAGGACUUUGGAAUCUCCUCACUUAAUGCCAACCUAACAGAAGAUGCGUUUUCCGGCACCACCACCAUCUCCAGCGUUAUUGAGAAUAUUCCGCAGACUGUGGGUCCUCUGAUGAGGGUGCUUGUUUCCAUUAUUGCUCCCCUGUACUGGUCGUCUGCGUUUGCACAUGAUGGUGUGGUUAAUGGCUUCUCUCUGACAAAAGGGGUGUUUCGACAAGAGUCACAGGUGGAAUUUGGAUCAGGUGAGCUCCUGCGGGUCACACACAUAGGUCGUGGCUUGGACACAGAAGGGGCUUUGUUGUUUGAUAUUGUCAUCAAUGGAUUUGUACCGGAAUCUUUGUCAUUGUCUGAUGUCACUCUUCAGGAGUUUAGUGAGACCUAUGUACAGACAGGAGCUGGCCAUAUAAAUGCCUGGGCUUCCCCCACCUAUACGAAGAAUGGAGCUUCAUUAUCACUCAGAUGCAACCACACUGUGGAAUACAGUCCUGCCCUUGGUCGCCAGGACAAACUUGCUCAGCACAUACAGCUUGGAUCUAUCACUUCCUCGUACCUGUCAAGAUUAGAGGAACUCCACUUCCAGCUCACAGCCUCUCUCCGAGAAGGGAUGAAUGGAGGCGUAUGCCCUGUGGGAUUUGUGCAGUCCGCAGACUCCUAUUGCACAGAUGAGGAUGAGUGUGAUCUGCACAGCCCUUGCUCUCACAACUGCCUAAACAACCUGGGUAGCUUCUCCUGUUCCUGUCCUGUUGGAUACGUAUUGACUGCAGAUCGCAUGAACUGCCGAGACGUAGAUGAGUGUAGACUGGGGUCUCACCACUGCCAGGUUGGGCAGGAAUGUAUUAAUACAGCUGGUUCAUACCAAUGUCUCUUGCGAUGUGGGCCUGGCUUCUGA